CUUGUCAUGCAAUGGCGGAGCUCUUUGAUGUUUCUUACUUGUAUACCUCUUGUUUAUUUUGAGUUUUUUCAUCAGUUGAGACACGCUGAACAUGGUUAUUAACAUAGCUCAAGUUAUCCAAAAAUGUAUUUUUUUGUGUCACGAUUUAUUUCUACUGUCAUAUUUUAUCACUUGGAGCACGGUUGAGUUCAGCAAAUAGUGGAGGGAGUUGAGAAAGAAAAAAUUACCAUCAAGCUGAUCUACUGAUCACAUGUGAGAAAAAUUGGCUAGGACCAUUGCAACUGUCGUAAUUAUGGCCACCGUGAGACGCAUUGAGAAAAUUGAUGCGAGAUUGGUAUUGGAAAAAAGAGGAAAGAAGGAUCAACUCCUUUGUGUUAACCAGAACACUAAAAAAAUACAUUCUAGAAAAAAAAUCUACUCUCAAAGUUAUGCUUCAACACCCUUUUGUGAAUUAAGACUGCCAAAUAGAUGGAACAAUGCUCUGAAAUAUCAAGCUGGGAGUCUCGAAAGAAAGAAGACAAAGCAAAAGGAAUAUUUCAGGAAUUAAUUUUUGGAACUCCUUUAUGUGAAUUUCGACCUACAGACAGCAUUCGCAUAGUAAAUGCAUCAAUAAGAAGUCGUGGAUCGAAUCCUGUUGAUGUAGGAAGCAUGAAACUCUGCCAGCUGCAACAGGACCAGCACCUAAAGCAUUGGAAGGAGCUGAAGGGCAGGCUUCUCCAGCCCUGGCUUGGGCUGGGAUUCUGGGCAUAUUCUGUGGACAGACCUUUAUCUCCAUCAUGGUGGCGUCUAUGGGGGUCCGGAACCUCAUAUGGGUGCUUAGGGCAGGGUGUGUUUGUGUGCCCAAUGAUGACAAUAGCUGCCAGUUCGGCUGCAACAAGGUGCUGGGAGAAGAUGAAGAGCAACACAAAAAAGUUUGGAUGCAGAAAAGAUCCAAAGAAUAGGAGUUGGAGGAGCCCCUGCCUCCCAACCAAUCCAAUUUUUGCUGAGAAGUUGGAGAUAUCUCCUCACUUGGGCCUUGAAGUUGAAAAUGAUCACGACUCUGUUGAUGUGAGGUUGGGGAGUUUGGAGGAUGCUGUUACUCCUGAACCUGCUCCUUUUAGUUCUGCCUUUGCAGAGAGAUUUACCCUUGACUGGACCACAGAAAAGACAUCAAUUAGAUGCAGAAGUCACUGAGAGAGUGGAAAAAAUAAAUCAAGGAAUCUACUUAGCAACAUUUUUCAUUGGGCAAAAAUGGAAAAUGAAAGAAAGCUAGCGGAGCAGCAAAUGGCAAAUGAACAACAGGUAUUGAAGCAGUUAUAAUUGAAGAAAAACCACCUGCAAGAGAUUCAGGAUUCAAAACUUGCCCAGAUGAAGGAACUCCAAGAAUGAAAUAAACAAAUUAAAGAUUUACAAAUAGAGUUAUUAUUUGCAGAAAACAAAAUUAGGAAAUCAAUAAAAGAAUUUAUAAUUAUUGUAAUUAUUUAUUAUGAUUAUAUAACCCUCUCUUCAUGAGAAAUGUCUUUCAAUGAAAUGUCUGCUAGCUACCAAUCCAGGACUUUGAUUUCCCAUGAAUGGUAGAUUGUCUUCUGUUUCAUAAUUUUCCAUUUCCUCUUCAGGAAGAGGGUCAUUUGUGUCCCUUGCAAUGUUGUGCAAUACACUUGUAGCAGGAAUCACAGCUGCUGUAAUUUUCAGUUUCAUCCCCAAACCUCGUGACAGGCACCUAAAUCAUUGUUUCCAGAUGCCUGUUGUUCUCUAUACUGUAUUUCGAGUGCCUACAUGGGCUUCGUUGUAUCUUCAUUCAGAAAGUGUGGUGGGGUUGAGCAUAGGUGUCAGAAGAUAUGUCUCACAGGGGUAGC